ACAGUAGAUGGGUUGGUGGAGCGCGGAAUGAUAUUCCAACUGCUUUUGUGCCCUGAGGAGAGAAUCUUGCGAGUAACGUGUCGUACACGAGUUCCCUCCGCACAUUUGCAGGAGCUCUUGUAAGACUGCAAUGUCUGCAGUCGCUGCGAUGUUUCACCAGCCUGUGCUGAAAAAUCGACGGACUCUGCUGGAACGAGCAGAGAAGUUCGUGUCUGACGUUUACUUCACGGAUUGCAACCUGCGUGGAAGGUUAUAUGGGGAAACAUGCCCUUUGAAAUCGCUUUCUUCUUUCAUGACUUCAAAACGCAUUUCAUUCUCUGAGGCUGUGCAGCAGACCUUCGAGCCUUGCAGCGUUGGAGAUAGCUUUGGACCUACGUGGUGGACAUGUUGGUUUAAGGUGUUCUUGACUAUUCCUGAUGCUUGGCGAGGGAAAGAGGUCCACCUCUGCUGGGAGAGUGAUGGUGAAGGAAUGAUCUGGAGGGAUGGGCAGCCCUGUCAGGGUCUAACAAAAGAGGGUGAGAAAACUAGCUUUAUCCUGACACCAAGCCUCAAAGAUGAGGAACCUCACAGUUUUACCCUUUAUGUGGAGAUGGCUUGCAAUGGAUUGUUUGGGGCUGGCAAGGAUUCUGCAAUUGCAGCUCCGGAUCCACACAGGACAUACACCCUUCAGCGGGCAGAGCUGGUUGUGUUUCAUCGUCAUGUUAGAGAGCUACUGACAGACUUCGAAAUGCUUGUUGACAUUGUGAAGUUCCUGGGUGAGGACAACCAACGCGGCUAUCAGGCAUUAUUCACAGUAAAUGAAAUGGUGAAUCUGUGUGAUCCUGCCAACCCCAGCUCCUUUCUUGGCACCCACAGCCUCGCUCAGAAGUUUUUCAGCCAGAAGAAUGGAGAAAGUCAACACACUGUCCACACAAUGGGCCACUGCCAUAUUGACUCAGCCUGGCUCUGGCCAUAUGAGGAAACAAUCAGGAAGUGUGCUCGCAGCUGGGUGACUGCAAUUCGCCUUAUGGAGAAGAAUCCAGACUUUAUUUUCACCUGUUCACAGGCUCAGCAGUUUGAGUGGGUGAAGCAGUGGUACCCAGGGCUUUUCUCUGAGAUUAAGCACUUUGUAAAGAAGGGGCAGUUUGUCCCUGUCGGAGGAACGUGGGUAGAAAUGGAUGGUAACCUGCCCUCAGGAGAGUCGAUGGUUCGCCAGUUUCUAUUGGGCCAGCACUUUUUCCAGCAGGAGUUUGGGAUUUACUGUAAAGAGUUUUGGCUUCCAGACACCUUUGGCUACUCUGCACAGCUCCCUCAGAUAAUGCGGGGCAGUGGGAUUACUCGCUUCCUGACUCAAAAGCUUAGCUGGAACCUGGUCAACACUUUCCCUCAUAACACUUUCUUUUGGGAAGGCCUGGACAGCUCCCGAGUUCUCACACAUUUCCCUCCAGGGAACUCCUAUGAGAUGAAGGGCAGAGUUGAGGAUUUCCUCAAGACUCUAAGAAACAAUAAGGACAAAGGAAGAGUAAACCAUAGUGCACUUUUGUUUGGCUUUGGAGAUGGUGGCGGAGGGCCCACGCAGCUUAUGCUAGAUCGAAUUCAUAGAGUCCCAGACACAGAUGGUCUACCCAAGGUUCAGAUGUCUUGUCCUGAUGUGUUUUUUUCAAAGCUUGAGGCAGACUCCAGUCUCUUUUGUAGCUGGUCUGGUGAACUUUUCCUGGAACUCCACAAUGGCACUUACACCACACAGGCACAGAUCAAGUUAGGAAAUCGCCAGUGUGAAGUUCUGCUUCAUGAUGCUGAGGUUGCCAGCAGCCUAGCUUUGUGCAGAAACUCAGCAUUCCAGUACCCAAGUAGUAGACUGCAGGAGUUAUGGAGGUUGCUGCUCCUCAAUCAAUUUCAUGAUGUGCUUCCAGGAAGCUGUAUAGAGAUGGUGGUCCAGGAUGCACUCGGAUACUACCAGGAAAUCCGCAGCUCUGGGUCUAGGCUGCUACAGGAGGCAUGUACAGCUCUGUGUCUUGAGCAGGGCAGGGCCAUGGCUGCCUUCAACACAUUACCCUGGGAGCGGACUGAGGUCAUCGCACUGUCUAACCACUCCACCACAUCCAAUUUAGCCCUGGUAAAAGUACCCAGUGUGGGUAUCACCUCUAUAACAGCUUCUGUGCAGCCGGAAUGUCCUGUAUCAGUCAUAGUUCAGGAAGACGGUAAUGUGCUCAUGGAGAAUGGUAUCCUCCGUGUAGUUGUAAAUAAGACUGGCUCUUUGCUCUCCCUGUGCCUUGUGAAAACAAACAGAGAAGCCAUAUCAGACAGCUGCUGUGGAAACCAGUUUGUUUUGUUUGACGAUGUGCCGUUGUACUGGGAUGCUUGGGAUGUGAUGGAUUACCAUCUGCAGACCAGGAAGCCAGUUGUAGAAGUGGACAAACCACUAUCAGUGGUUAGUGCCGGGGGACUUCGCGGGACUGUGACAUAUACCCUGAGGAUCAGUGAGAAGAGUUCUCUAACACAGGAUAUCAUACUGGAUGCCAUGUGCCCUUAUUUAAAGUUCAGUACAAAGGUUGACUGGGCAGAAUCCCAUAAGUUCUUGAAAGUGGAGUUUCCAGUGCGAGUGCACAACCCUUAUGCCAGUUACGAGGUCCAGUUUGGCCACGUACAGAGACCAACACACAGGAACACGUCAUGGGACUGGGCUCGCUUUGAGGUAUGGGGUCAUAAAUGGGCCGAUUUGUCAGAAUAUGGCUUUGGAGUGGCUUUACUGAAUGACUGCAAAUAUGGCUACUCUACUUACCGGAACACACUUUCUCUUUCUCUACUUCGUGCACCUAAAGCUCCAGAUGCCAAUGCAGACAUAGGGCAACAUCACUUCACUUAUGCAGUCAUGCCACAUUCAGGAUCCUUCCAGGAAUCUUCUGUCAUCCAGUGUGCAUACAAUCUUAACUUUCCCCUUCGCCUGUUUCCCAAUGCCCCUGACCAGAGUUCCUGGAGUGCUUUUUCUAUCAAUCCUUCUGCAGUGAUCCUGGAGACCAUAAAACAGGCUGAAAACCACAAGGAUGCACUUGUGGUUCGCAUGUUUGAAUCCCAUGGAAGCAGUGUCUCAGCAACACUAACUACCACUUUGCCGCUACGAGAGGCUAUACUCUGUGACCUCGUGGAGCGUCGUAUAUCAGCACAACCAACACCAGUCACAGCCUCUGGAAUAUCUCUGGACUUCCAACCCUUUCAAAUUGUGUCCCUUCUGCUCUUCUUCCAGUGAGGAACAUUACACUCCUGUUAUGUAAAAAUUGAGAGUUUAUGGUCACAUUCUAAUUACUUUCCAACUGAGCAUCCAAAAUGUUUAAAUUAAUUUAAAUAUUUGAUGAAAUACUUUGUGUGAACUGAAAAGUGAUUAACCAUUCUUCUUACUGCUUUUCUUAAGGUAGAUUUUUAAACACUUGUGUGUAAUACAUUUUUCAAUGAUCUGAGAAUUUAUCAUGUUGGUGGAAGAAUGCAGUAGGGUCCUUGCUUACAGGUCCUACUGAACUUUUCCACUGCACAUGCUGGCCUGGAUGCAAUUUUCUUGGCAUCACUAACUGUUUAUUCUUAUCUUGACCAAAUUCCUGCCCUUUCUUUAAUUACAUUUUCAUCCUUUACAUUUUUGUUCUGAAUUUCAUGUGUUGCAUACUCUCUAUAACUUUUCUGGCUGGUUGUUCAGAAACAUGUUGGCAAAAACCACAAGCUGUAGUAUAUUUUAUAGACAGACUUUCUUUGUGAUAAGGGUCUGUCUGUCUAUAUUGUCACUGCUGGUAUCUAAAAUGUUUCCAUUUCUUUAGGAGAUUUAUCUGAGCAAAGGAAACUCAAACCUG